AUGCCCCAACCAGACCUCGACGCCUCCCUCCAGGCCUCCUCCCGCGAUGCCUCGGGCGAGGAAGGCGAUAGCACCGCUCCGGAAUCCGGCCGCAUCCACCGCAAAACAGACUCCACCGCCUCUGCCUCCGCCGCCGGCCACCCGUCUAAGCGCCAACGCGCCAACUCGGAGCGCUCAACCCACGAGAACACCAACAACCCCUCCGCCAACGCCGCCGCGCAAGAACACUCCCUCGACCCCGGCGAGCCCAGCGACACCACCGAAGCGAGUGUCGACAUUGCCGAGCGCGUCGGCCGCAAGAACAACCGCAAGCAGGUCUCGAUCAAGGAGGGUGUUUCCGCUGCCGGCGCCGGCGAGGAUUCCAUGCCGCCCCCGCCCAUCGGCAAGCUCACGCACCCCGUGGGCUUUAGGACGAAUGACCCGCCCGUUGGCAGACCUGUGAGAGUAUACGCCGACGGCGUCUUCGACCUUUUCCAUCUCGGUCACAUGCGCCAGCUCGAACAAGCAAAGAAGGCCUUCCCAGACGUCCACCUCAUCGUUGGUGUCGCCGGUGACGUCGACACCCACAAGCGCAAAGGUCUGACCGUCCUCUCCGGCCGCGAGCGCGCCGAGACCGUCCGCCACUGCAAAUGGGUUGAUGAGGUCAUUGAGGACUGCCCCUGGAUCGUCACGCCAGAUUUCCUCGAGCAGCACAAGAUCGACUACGUCGCCCACGACGACCUUCCCUACGGUGCCGACGAGGGCGACGACAUCUACAGACCUAUCAAGGAGGCCGGCAAGUUCUUGGUCACGCAGAGAACUGAGGGUGUCAGCACGACGGGUAUCAUCACCAAGAUCGUCCGCGACUACGAAAAGUAUAUUGCCCGCCAAUUCAAGCGUGGCACCUCCCGCCAGGAACUCAACGUCAGCUGGAUCAAGAAGAACGAGCUCGACCUCAAGCGCCACGUCCAGGAGCUGCGCGAUAACAUCCGCACCAACUGGUCCACCACCGGUCAGGAGCUCUCCCGCGAGUUGCGCCAGUUCUGGCCCGCCUCCCGGCCCCAGUCUCCCGCGCCCGCCGCCCGCACCUCGUACAUCCAGAACGGCGAGCUCCCCGGCGCCGCCCACGCCAACCGCUCCAAGCUCAGCGUCGAGAUCCCGCCUACCACUCCCGGCGGCACCCCGGCCCCGACCUCAAACGACUUUAUCACGGGUUACGCUUUGGGUCUUGUCGGCGGUGUUCGUUCAUGGAUGACCAAGUCCAAGAGGGAACAAGACAGCCCCUCCCGCCGCAACUCAGACGACGAGUCCGAGUCCGAUGGCAAGAGCCCCCGCGGCCGCGUCGUCCCCCAGCAGUCCACCGCCGCCACCGCGAGCGCCUCAUAA